UCCUCGUUCCCCGGGGCGGGGAAACUCCCCCCUUUCCGUUCCUGUGAACUCCAAACUCUUCCUCUUCCUGGCUCCUCCUUCCUCCCCUGGGGAAGUUUAGUUCUCCUUUUGCAAGAACUUUUCCCCCUGAGCUGGGCGUGGGGCGGGGGAAGGCUUUCCCGGAGCCAAGGUGGUGGCGGCGGGGCGGCUCUUUAGAGGCGGGACGGGCGGGCGGGAGGGAGGCUUCUCCCGCGGGCUUCUAAGCCAGGCCGCCCCCUCCCUCGCUGCCCGCGUGCUCGGGCCGAAGGCGGAAGGAUGUCUCUGGAGGACCCCUUCUUCGUGGUGAGAGGGGAGGUUCAGAAAGCCGUGAACACAGCCCGUGGACUCUAUAUGCGCUGGUGCCAGCUGCUGGAGGUGAAGCAUGUCAGCAAGGAGGAGCUGGAUUGGACAACUAAUGAACUGCGCAACAGCUUACGCAGCAUCGAGUGGGACUUGGAGGAUCUGGAGGAAACCAUAUGCAUUGUGGAGUCAAACCCGCUCAAGUUCAAAAUCGAGCCCUCUGAGGUUGCAGCACGGCGUUCCUUCGUCAUGGAGAUGCGGGAAUCAAUCAAGGAAAUACAGGAGCAUAUAUCCAGCCCAACAGCACAAGCAGUUCUGAAGAAAAACAAAGAGUCACUAAUGGGGAGCAGGGAAGGCUAUCACACAGAGGAACUGCUGACAGCCAGUUCACACACUUUGGAGGAGCAGCAGUUGCACCAGAAGUUGAUUAUUGAGGAGCAGGAUGAGCAGCUAGAACUGGUUUCUGGUAGCAUCCGCAUGCUGAAGCAUAUGUCAGGGCGAGUUGGAGACGAACUCGACGAACAGACGAUAAUGCUGGAAGACUUUGCCCACAAGAUGGACAAAACCCACAGCCACAUGGAUGAAGUGUUAAAAAAGAUGCCCAGAGUCUCCCACAUGCCUGGUGACCGUCGUAAGUGGUGUAUCAUUGGCCUCUUGUUUGUCAUUGGUUUGGUGGUACUGAUUCUCUUCUUUGCACUGUUAUAAUGAUGGAAAGGACCUGGAGAACGGCUGUCAGCCCUACGUGAAAUACUUGAAGGCGCCCCAUGACGUUGGAACUGAAGCCUCACAGAGUGACAAGGAAAUGAAACACUCAUUUGAUGGGACAAUUAAGUAAUGGCUAAAGGCUACAGCUAUGUGAAAAGGGAGGACUAUGUCUAUGCCUCUGAAAAGUGGAGAUGUUAUUGCAAGCAAAAGCGUCAGUUUAAGUUGCCUUUUGCGUUCCCAUCUUCAACAGCCUAGGAUUGGUUAAUGCCAUUGCUGUUAACGAUCCAUAUUCCUCAUACCACCCCUGUGAAUGGAAGCAGUGGUGAAACACUGAAGAUCAAGCUGGUUGUGUUUCAUCUUAGCCAUAGCCAGAUGGGAACUGUGCCAGAAACGGGUGGGGCAAAGGUCUGCCUUACUUCUUAAAUUGCAAAGUUACUCAGGGUUGAGAACUGGGAUCCAGCUGAUAGUCAAAGCUGUUGCCCACUGAUCAAGUACCAAAAUUUCAUUGUGUUCUCUUAUUCAAAUGCCAACUUCUCUCCAGAACUAGACACAAUUUGUAAGAACUCCCAUCAUCCAAACCUAGGACUCGAUGUCGUCUUUCAGGAUGCCCUGCUAGGUACUCCAGGCAGACUCAUUGGUCAGUUGGUUAAUGCAAUCCCUUCUGAAGUCUAAAUUUCUGCCAGCAUUUUGAUAAAAGAAGCUAAUCAUAUCCUACAUAGAGAAUGAAGAUGUCUUUGUGACAGAUGAACUGUCACGUGUAUUCAGAAAUCAUUCUGCAUUUUUGUUUUGGGUGGUGGGAUUUAAGACUUGCAGGAUUUAUUAUUUUUUAAAUUAGAAAUCUGAAAUCCACCAACUGGAACCUGGUAGAAAAAGGUAUGUAUUUAUAAAUGUUUUCAAGUCUGGUAUUUUCUUUAGAUAUGAGAGCUGAACAAAGUUCAAAUUUGUUGUGUGCCUCUGAUUUAUGGUAAACCUAAAGCAACAUCAUAGGGUUGCUUUAUGCAAGAUUUGGUGGGAGAUUGUGUUUCAUCUCCCCAAGGCUUUGUGUGUGUGUGUAUGUGUGUGUCAGGAGAAACUUGAGAAACCACAAGUCACUUCUGGUGUGAGAGAAUUGGCUGUCUGCAAGGGCGUUGCCCAGGGAAUGCCCAGAUGUUUUAUCAUCCUGUGGGAGGCUUCUCUCAUGUCCCCUCAUGAGAAGCUGGUGCUGACAGACAGGAGCUCACCCUGCUCCCCGGAUUCAAACUGCCAACCUUUCGGUCAAUAGUCCUGCUGGCACAAGGGUUUAACCCAUUGCGCCACUGGGAGUUCCUCCCCAAGGCUGAAAGGGUGUGACAUGCCCAAGGUCAUCCAGUGGGUUUCUAUAGUUCAGUGGGAUUCGAACCCCAGUCUGGAGAGUCAUAGUUCAGUGCUCAAAAUACUAUACCACUCUGACUCAGGUUCAUAAUCCUUCCACAAAGUCCACUCCAGUUUAUCGUAGGCUUUUGUGUCAUGAGCAUUAUAUUUGGGUGGCAACAUAGCCCUAUGGCAUUUCCUAGAUCGCCCAUCACAGGCAGAUCCCCCCUUCUCAAUCAAUCUCUCUCUCCAAAUAGAACUGUUACUGUGGAAGCUUUGGAUAGUGGCAAUUUACUUCUAUGGACCACCUUUUGAGGUGGAAGUGGAGUGGGGGGAUGUUUCCAUUUUUUUCCAAAACCAGAAAUGAACUCCUAGCUUUGAUUUCCCUGCCUCCUUUUGAUGAGGUGCAGCCCACAGCAGAUCCCUAGGAUUCAGAACUUGCCCUUAAACUUACCAAGGUUACCCAUAGCAAUUUAGAGCUAGUUGGGAAGACAGAGAUGGAAGUGGCAGGAGUAGUCAUUUUGUGCUGGUAAUGUUAACAACUGAGACUCAGCGAUAGCAAUCUCCUGUCAUUCCUCCAGAGAUUUACAAGUCAAUUCAGGUUUACCUUCUCUUGUACAUGUUAUAAAAAUGCCAAAAACAUAUUAUAAAUUAAAAACAUCGAUUUAAUACA